AUUCUAUCGCUAGUCUACAAACCACCAUUCCUAUCCUAUUCGAUGAAAUUCGACAGGAAAAAAUUGAUUGUGUUGCCUUUCCAGAUGACGGAGCUGCAAAACGUUUUGCUCACAUGUUUGCUCCAUUAACCCUUGAACUGGUUACAUGUGGAAAGACUCGAGACGGUGAUAAGCGCGCCAUCACGGUUCAAGAUGGGAACCCGAAAAAUAAAAGGGUGUUAAUUGUGGAUGACCUCGUACAAACGGGGGGGACUCUUUACGAGUGUGGUGUAGCAUUGAAAGCCCUAGGUGCUGCUUCUGUGUCAGCUUUCGUGGCCCACUCUGUUUUCCCAAAUGAGUCCUGGAAGCGCUUUUCGCGUGGUGGGGACCGCAGCGUAUUUGAAAAAUUUUGGACUACCAACUCGAUACCAACUGUAACAAACAACCUUCCAAAGGAGGAUGUGUUUGUUGUUUUAGAUCUGUUGGAGAAAAUUGUUUAUGACCUAGAUUUUCGGUAAAAAAAUUAAAAAGGUGUUAAUAGACCUUUACUAGUCGUUCAUUUCAUGGAAAAUCUUCCGAAGUCUGAGAAGGAAACGUACUCGGGCAAAACAAAAUGAAAGAGAAUGAAAGUGUAACUAUGCACUAAUGCAAGAAAGGAAUUGUCAUAUAGGGUCUUCAUAGCGGGCAUAAAUUGACGGUCCCUUGAAAAUGUUUCAGAUAGGGUUAUCUUCA